AUGGCGGACGCAUAUUCGUUUGCUCUGCUCGUCGAGUUUGAGGAAAACGACUUACCGAGACUAAAAAACAAGUUAAUAAAACACUUCCAGAGUAAGAAAGCUCACGGUGGCGACUGCGAAGUUGAAUAUGCGAAAGGCAGCAAGACGGCGGUGGUGCGCUUCCGCAGAGAGGAGGACCAGCAAAAUGUUUUGAAGAAAGAGGCGCACGAGAUCCGUUUAGACAAAGGCGUGUUGAAGGUGACAGUUCGCCUACCUGCUGACGAGACAACAACAACAACAACAACAAUACCACCACCACCACAGGAAACUCCAGCCGAAAAAGUCCGCAAGAACUCAGAUGUUGCUGUGAUUAACAAGCAGUCGAGCACCGAUGAUCAAAAGGACAAAGAAGAGGAGACAGCAGACGAAGAGCCGUGCUCCACCUUGGCUGUUAUAGGAAAUAUUCCAGAGACGAUGAACCAGGAGUUUUUGGAGAUGCUGGUGGAGAACGUUUUAAUGGAUGCCGAUGCUCCAUGUGACAGCCAAAACUUCACACUUGAAGUUCUCCGUGACAUCUCCUCUGCUGUGGUGACAUUUCAGAGUGAAAAAGAAAACACAGAUUUCGUGACAAGAUGCCCCAAAAACAGAACAUUCUCAAAGAAGGGACUAACAGCCCGGCCUCUUGAAGUCACAAACCGAGUCAUAGUUGACGACAUACAAAAUUUUGGUGAAGAUCUCCUCCGCCUUUAUUUUGAGACUGCAGGUGGAGAUGUGGAAAAUCUUGAGCUUAAUGAAGAGGAGCAGUCUGUCAUCAUCACAUUUAAAGACCAUAAAGCUGUUCAGAAAAUCGGGAAGAAGAAGAAGCAUCACAUCAACCAGGAAGAGAUAAGAGUUUAUCCUUUCUAUAAAUCUUUGGGAAGAGUCCUCUAUGGCAAAGAUAAGCCCCCACUAAAACUCCCUGCUGCUGUAUCUGAACCAAUUGACAGCGCUCUUUGGAGAUACCUAAAAGACAAUCAAUCAGCAGCAAAGACCAUUCAUAGUCAGUUGGCAAAAGACUUCUGCAAAGUAAACCUCGACCAAUCUACAGUGCGCUUGAGCCCCAUGGCUUCACUACUGCAGCAAAAAGAUGCAGAAGACAUCACCAAAGAGUGGAGAGAUACCGUGAAGUCAGCAUUUGCACAAGCGCUGUUAACAUUCAGAUCCUUGAAGCUUCAGCCAGAGUCAGACGUAUGGGAAGAGUGUCAGGAGAAGAUCAGUGAAACACUGGUGAAUGAGGAUGUAGUUGUGGUGCCUGAUGAAGGCAAUUGUGUCCUAUCAGUUGUUGGUCUCGUGGCUGAUGUGAACAGACUAGAGCAAACUCUUCGUGAAGUCGUAAACAAGAUUGUCAGUAGGGUUCAGAGGGAGAAAUCGAGCGUUACCCAAGAGAUGAAAGUGUCAGCGUCUAUUUACCACAUCCUGUGUCAAGAUGGUCUUCAGGACAAGCUGCAAAAUGUGUACCCAGAACUCAAAUUGUCAUUUCGGAAAGACAGUCGAGAUGGUUUGAUGUUAACUGGGCUUAGAGAGGAGAUUUUGGCAGCAAACAAAGUCAUAUAUGAUGCAAUGUUUGCAUUAAAACGACAGAAUUUAGAAAUAGAUAACUAUGUGCUUGACUUGUUGAAGGAUGAACAACCAGAGGAGCUCACAAAUGCUCUCCUGACAUCCAGUGGUAUAAAUGCAGCGUUUGAGAUCAAUGCACACAGGGUGCAACUUCUUGCUGCUUCCGACGAAGAUCUGAAUGUUGCUGAAGACCAUCUGGGGAAGCUGCUAAUAUCUCAAUACAUUGAUGUUGAAGAUAGUAAGGUCCUGGAGAAGUCAGAAUGGCGUGACCUGGUCAAUCAGCUGGAGAAUGCAGACAGUAGGUCAUACAGGAGAAUUCGAAUCAACACUACUGAGCAACAAGUCGUGGUCUCUGGUCACAAGGAUAGUGUCAUAAAAGUUUGCAGGGAACUUGAAGACUCCUUAACGCAGAAUGCUCAAGUUGAAGAAACUGUUGUGGUCAAGCCCAAUGCCAUAGUUGAAUACAUUAAAACACUUGACACACGUUGGUUGGAGCAAAUGGAAGACAAAGUGGAGGUAUCUUACAGAAAGGAGGCCAUCUUUUUAAGUGGUUCCAGAGUUGAUGUCGCAGAGGGCAAGGGUGUGGUUGAAGACCUGGUCUCUUCUGUCCACUUUGAAAAUGUUAAAGUCUCCAUGCCUGGAGCAAAAAAGUUCUUUCAGGAUAAAGAAGCCAUGUAUGUUUCCUCACUCUGGAAUGAAACUCGCUGCCUGGUCCAGCUGGUUGAUGACACUAGUGGUGGACAGGUUGACUCGGCCCAAAGACCAGUACUAAAGCCUGUGUAUCAGCUUCAGACAUCUGACGGGGUGGAGAUAGCUGUUUGCAAGGCAGAUAUGUGCAGCUACCCAGUGCAUGCAAUUGUCAAUGCUUCUAAUCCGGACCUGAAACAUAAUGGAGGUCUUUCAGCAGCACUUCUUAAUGCUGCUGGCCCUCAGCUGCAGGAUGAAUGUGACAGAAUAAUUAACUCGAAAGGCCAACUCCAGCCAGGGGAGUGUGUCAUAACUGGUGCUGGGGGAAACCUUUGCUGCAAAAAAGUCAUCCACGCAGUGGGACCCACGUUUGAAGCAGCUAAACCACAUAAGGCCCUAGCAAAGUUGAAAAGAGCCGUCAAAAGAAGCUUAGAACUUGCUGAAGAGAACAACUGCAUCUCCGUGGCUCUGCCCGCCAUCAGCAGAAACCUAGGCUUUCCUCUUCCUUUGUGUGCAAUCACCAUUGUCAAAGCAAUCAAGGAACACUGUGAUGAAAAGUAUGAUGACAACACCUUGAAGAGGAUCCAUUUAGUGAACAAUGAUGACAUCACUGUUCAGGCUAUGGAGGCAGCUGUCAGACAGGAGUUUGGUAAUCAAGGUGUCAGUCUUUCUCAAGAAACCAAAACCGCCAAGGCUCUCCCUGUGAAACAUACUGGGGAUGCUGGAUCUAACCAAAACUGCUUGGGUCAAGUGCAGACCACAGAGGGCUUGGACGUCACUCUCACAAAAGGAAACAUUGAGAACGCCAACACGGAGGUGACCGUUAAUACUGUGUUUGAAGAUCUUGUGCUGAACAAAGGAGCAGUUUCAACUGCCAUCUUCAGUGCGGCCGGAGCCAAACUUCAGCAGUUGGUAAAUGCAAACAAUGCUAGUGGAAAUUUUGGCGACAUCAUUGUCACUGAAGGCUGCAAGCUCAAGAGCAAACAAGUGUUUCAUGCUGUUUCACCUCACUGGGACAAUGGACAAGGCACUGCCGAAAAGAUCUUGGAUGGCAUUUUCAAGGAUUGCUUGAACAAGGCAGAGGACAGUGGUCUGACCUCCAUAUCCUUCCCCGCCAUCGGCACAGGAAACCUGGCUUUCCCAAAAGACCUUGUAGCCUCAUUGAUGUUUGAUGAAAUCAUAGCAUUUAGCAAGAAACAACCUAAGCACCUUAAGAAGGUUGUGAUCAUCCUUUACCCGAAAGAUGCACAGACUAUCCAGGUUUUUAGUGAUGAAUUUGCAAAGAAGUUCCCCAAUGCCGCAUUUGUUCCAGAGCCCACAAGUCCGCAACAAUCUCCAGGUCCCUUCUCUAAAAUUGUCUCGGGCUCAGGAGUGCAUGAGACCAAAAUGGGAAAUGUGGCUGUACAGGUUGUCACGGGAGACAUAACCAAGGAGACCAGUGAUGUCAUCGUCAACUCCUCCAAUGAAAAUUUCUCUCUGAAGUCAGGAGUAUCUAAGGCUAUUCUGGAUGCAGCAGGUCAGGCUGUUGAAGCAGAAUGUCAAAAACUUGGUGCCCUGCCCAAUCCCGGUAUGAUAACAACCCAGCCAGGCAAUCUCAAAUGUAAGAAGAUCCUUCACCUUGCUGGACAGACGGACCCAGUAAAAAUCCAGAGGGUUGUGAAGGAGGCACUCCAAAUGUGUGUGACAAACUCAGACACUUCUGUCUCAUUUCCUGCCAUCGGCACAGGUCAAGGUAAUGUACAGGCAAGGCAGGUGGCAGACGCCAUGUUGGAUGCAGUGGUUGAUGUGUUGAGCCAAUCCCCUUCCACGACCCUGAAGACAAUUCGGAUAGUUAUUUUCCAGCCACCCAUGCUUAAAGAAUUCUACAACAGUAUGCACCAAAGAGAAGCAACUGAAGCAAAAGAGAAAGGAGGCUUCUGGAGAAAUAUCGGCUCCACAUUAAAAUCAUUGUUUGUUGGUGGAAGUAGUGACAAGCCACAGAAAGAAGGGGAUUUUGUAAUUGAGGCUCAGAAAGUGAGCCCUGCUUCUUUCCACAUCUGCGGUGGGUCCCAGGCCAGAGUAGCCUCAGCCAAGCAAUGGAUCAACGACCUGAUAUCCAAAGAGCAACACAGCAUCUGCAUCAAAGAUGACUCCAUCCUUAGGUUCUCAGAUGCAGACCACCAGCGCAUUCUUGACAUCCAGAAGACAAUGAGCGUAACAAUUAGGAUUGAGAGCAAGAAUGGCCAAGCUACAGUCACCAUCGAGGGCAUCAGCAAGGACGUGCUCGGAGCCAGCCAUGAUGUCCAUGAGAUGGUGAAGUUGGCGAGAGACAAUGAGGAGCUGCAGAAGAACGUGGAGCUGGCGGGCACAGUGGUGGCCUGGCAGUACCAGCAGCAGGGGCUUCAGUUCCAAAAUUUUGAUUCAAUGUCCAACUUCAAGCUCGAGCAAGCCUUGGAAAAGAAACUAACAAAAGUAAAAGUUACAGUCCAGGGUCAAGACUACACAGUCACCAUGCCAAAGGGACCUGCCACUGACAGCCAGGGACGCACCCUGCAGAUCAAGCGCAUUGACAAACUCAAAGAUGAAGACAUACCUGAGCACUGGGAAGCAAUGCCAGCCAACACCACGAGUCACGCUGUCACGCUUAAGGCUGGGACACCAGAGUACAAAGAAAUCCUGACCCUGUUCCAGGCCACAUGCCCACAAACCCCGAUCAAGAUCGAGAGGAUCCAGAACCCAGUCCUGUGGAAAACCCUGCAGAUCAAGAGGCGUGGCAUGGAACAAAGAAACAAUCAUCAGAACAAUGAGAGACGCCUCUUUCAUGGCACCGCCCAUGACACAGUGGCUCACAUCAACGAACACGGCUUCAACAGGAGUUUCGCAGGAAAGAAUGCUACUUGUUAUGGCAAGGGCACAUACUUUGCUGUCAACGCUAAUUACUCCGCCCAAAACACCUACUCCAGACCCAAUCCAAAUGGGGAGAAGUGCAUGUACGUGUGUCGAGUGCUGACGGGAGAUUUCACCGCCGGACAAUCCGGCAUGAUCACACCGCCGGCCAAGGGCACCGCAUCCGUCGACAAGUACGACAGCGUUGUGGACAAUAUGACCACUCCCGGCAUGUUCAUUGUCUUCCACGACAGCCAGGCUUAUCCUGAAUAUCUGAUCACAUUCAAGUGAACAGGUAACAGGGAGAAAAGACAAACAAAUGCCUUACAUGUGACACUGCCUUGGUUGAAACUUUUUUUGUGUAAUAAUAUGUAACAAUAACAUUAAUUUUCGGUAUACAAUCAAACUGCAAUUAUCAUAGGUGUUAGUUAUGGUAUUAGUUGUCAGAUCCAUAUAGUGCCUUGAAUAUAUCUCUGCCAUUCUACAGAAUAAUUAUGCAAGAAGACAUCAGGUAACGAAAAAAUAAGAAUGUUGUCAAAACAAUUUUAUAUUUGAUGCACUGUUUAAUUUCACUUAACAUUGUUCCCCCGUUCGUGGUACGUGGAAGGCUGAUGGAAAGUACCUGCUCUGUUCCAGGAAACCAUGGGAUUAUAUAAACUCGCCUGUGUGCAUGUGUAACUCAGGUCACUUUUGUUUUUGAAAUGAAAAAUGAAAGUUAACUGCUGUUCUAGUUCACAAGCCUUGACAAAUAAAAGUUAAUACAAGCA